AUGGUAUCAGGAGGAUGGGACAAACGUAUGCUUGUCAGAGAUGUGACCACCGGACAAAUCUUGGUAAUUUCAUAUUCACUAAAUAAUAUAUCAAUAAUAUAUACACAAAUGGUAAAACAAAGGCAUAAAAACAAUGUACCGGGUACUAAUUUAUAGGCAGGGGCAAAACAGCUAUCUAGACCAUCCUAUAAUCCCUUGAUGGAAAAAGGGUCAUGACUAUCAACAUUUUCACAAGCAUGAGAGAAUUAAUACUCCUUUUUGAGGAUUUGCUCAUCUUUGCAUCUCUAGAUCGUCAGAAAUGGCAUUCUCAGAGUCUUCUCUACCUCUCUUUUCUUAGACUCAUUCAUUAUGAUUUGUCAACUAGUAUAUGCUAUCUGUGAGUCAGGAUGGAUUAUAAUAAUUAACAUGGUCAAUCAGCACAAUUUAUUUUAAAAUUCAAUUAUUUGGGGCAUGGGGGUUGAAAGCUCUUCCGGCCCCCCCUCUAUAAUUAGUGUUGGGGGGGGGGGGGCUGCUUCCUAUGUCCACACUGUGGUCACUAACCCCACCCCCCUGUAUGCUUUGUACACUUGUUAAAAUAUUGGUACAAUUAUAGAUGACCCCUGGCCCUAAAAUCGUGUACCUAUUUAAUUGGAGGAGGUAAUGUGGUUUUAAUUUUCUUCAGUGGCAGGCAAGUCAUGAAGGAGUUCUAACAAGCUGUAAUUAUUCAAGUGAUGGCAAGUACAUUGUAAGUGGUGGUGAUAUGGAUUUCUCUAUCAGUAUAUGGGAUGCCAAGGAUGGAGUCCUCAUAAGAAAACUAAAAUGUAGGUAUAUUAAUUUAAAGAGAUAAAAUUGGGAGUGGUUGUGGGGCGCAAAUAUAUAGACCCUCUGGCCGAAUCCAACAGGUCUAAAAUAUUAACACCUUUUUGGAUAGAUAAUACAAAUACCAUAACAAGCUGCAAGUUUUCACAAAAUCAACAUCGACUCACAGUGACAUCCAUGGACCAAACAACCAGAGUGAUUGAUAUGUCAAUGUACAAGGAUGAAUACACUGCCAGUUUGACCCUCAGGUAUGAGCGAAUCAGGAAUUUCAUCUUGGUACACAUAAACUCCUACUCAAAUUGAGAAUCAACCCAAUAACCCACAAUGCACCCUGUACUUAUUUUUUUACUUGUCCAAUGCCAGACGACUUUACUCAUCAAUGGGGAAGCUCUGCAGCUUAAUAGGUUAAGACACAAUGCACCACAUUUUGUUAGCUUAGGGCCACUUUCCAGUUGAGUGUUUUUCAUAGGUGCAUGCAAGGAGGAUAUGGCUAUCAAUACAAUUACAUUAAAUGAAUCCUACUUUUUUCGAGUGGUCAAAUGGCCCUAAUUACAUGCGUUCAACUCAAUAAUAGUCAAAGUCCGUCACAAUCACAAAAAUAAGGCUCAAUCUAUAGUCAAGGUGUGCAUACUUUCUGAAAGGGUGUAUUGGUGCAUUAAUGUUUUAUUAAUUAUAUAGAGGGCAUGGCAAUGUCAUAUCAGAUGCAUCAUUUUCAAAUGAUGAAAGAAUAUUGGCCACAGCUUCCUGGGACAAGAACAUUCAGUUAUGGGAUGUCUCAUCAGGAACAUACAGGUAAAUUGUACUGUGGUUAAUUAAACAGUAUAUUUUGCACAGGUGAAGUUAGUUCUCAUGCAUGCAUAAUGCUUGAUAUGGCCCUAAGGGUUGUUGCUUUUAUAGUACUUUUCAAUCUUACAUUUCAGAAAAACGGGACCAGUCACACUCAAAAAAGGUCAUGAAGGCUCUGUCAGUUCUUGCUGUUUCAGUACAGAUGGUAUGUCUUUGGCGUAGAUACCCAUGUAGGCAUGAAUUGUUUUAAAAUUUGAUGCACUUUUCCAUUCCAGAUAAAAUGUUAGUGUCAUCAUCAUUUGAUCAAAAUCUUGUGGUUUGGGAUGUUGCAAAUUCAGUCCAGAAGUUCUCACUUAAGGUAUUUAGUUGUUGUAUUCACCAAGGAGAGAGAGUAGUAAUGGCCACGCCUUAGUGGUUCAAACCAUUGAUCUAUUUUUUAUGUGUUGGUUCCAGGGUCACAAUGGUUGGGUAAAUGAUGCUGCAUUUAGUAAAGAUCAGAAGUGGGUCCUUUCGUGUUCACAGGUUUGUUUUAUAAAUGAUGAAGCAGAAAUAUAAAUUAUUGUAUCUGUGCACAAGAAUUACAUACCUUUACAUAAGUAUACAGAUUGUCUACAAAUCUGAUUUAUCACAGGGUGUUAGCCAGAAGUAAAAAAAUCAGCGUUUAAUUGCAAUUGGGAAAAAGUAACUGAAUAUUUAUAAUAGAACUAUUUUUUGGCUGACCUAAGUUGGGAAAUUGCGACCUGAAUGUAAUUGGGAAAACCGCAUUUAACACCGAAUUUUUGACUGUAGCUAACACCCUGUAUCAGUAUAUCUAAUAAUUUACUUGGGGCUAAAAGAAAUCUGUAUGUUUUAAAUUUGAUUUUCAUAUAGGAUAAAACUAUCCGACUAUGGAACAUUAAAAAUCUGGAUGAUCUGCCAGUUGUUUUGGAACAUAAGAAGAACAUGGGAUUGAGAAUAAUCAAGGUUUGUCCUGUAGCCACGAUUUUUGCGUUUCACUUGUGCAAACAUUUUUAAUUAAACUUUGCUCAAAAUAAUUGUUUUGAGAUGCUAUAUAUACAUGACGUGCAUUUGCCAUCACUGACUUUUUAUUCUGAUUUGUCAUUAGCAUGUAUCUGUAUCAAACAGGCUACUGUUCAUCAGCAGCUAUUUUUGCUCUUGCAGAACGAGAUUAUAAAUUAAGUGUCAGAGUAUUUGUCUCUUUCUCUUGUUAUCUUUAAAUACACUGCAUAUUUUCCUCUUAUAUAGUGUCAAAAAUGUGAGAAGCAAUUUUCUAUCACUCAAGUUGACAAUGCUGAGAAGAAGAAACUCUGUGUGUUUUGCAGACUCAAGACAAGAACUUUGCCAUGA